AUGCUGUUGCAACGACUAUGGUUGGUUUUCUUGGGACUAUGCGUCGUGUGGGCGCAGAACUUUUACGACAAUUCCCCACACAUUAUGGAAUUGACACCUAAGAGCUUUGACAAGGUUGUUCACAAGACCAACUACACAACGUUGGUAGAGUUCUAUGCUCCGUGGUGUGGUUACUGCAAGAUGCUCAAACCUAUUUUGCAGCGAGCCGCUAAAAAUCUCGACGGCAUCGUCCAGGUAGCAAGUGUGAACUGCGACCUGGCAAAAAACAAGCAGUUGUGUGCGAAAUACCGCGUCGAAGGCUUUCCAAUCUUGAUGGUGUUUAGGCCGCCCAAAGUCGAUCUCAGUAAGAAAGGAAAGGACCGACUAAAACUUGGAAAUCACGCCAGUGAGGUCUACAAGGGCGAGCGUAAACUACGGCCUAUAGUAGAUUUUAGCAUAUCCAGGGUCAAGAACUACAUCACUCGCAUAACCAGGCUAGAGAAGUUAGUUCAGCACUUGAACCGCAAUAACGAGGUGCGCUAUAAAGCGGUUUUAUUCUCAAAAAAGGACAAGAUAUCCCCGCUCUACAAAAGUCUGGCACUGGACUGGCUGGGUUCCGUCGACUUCAGCCUAUUUCUGAACUCUAAGCUCAGCACCACGCCGGAAGCACUGCGGGAUUUGCAUCCUGAAUUCCAAAACUUCCUUAGUGAGUUACGAGAAAAUGCGAAUGACCUUGAAAAGAGCAUGCUAGUGCUCUUUGACACUCAAGAUCAUAGGUACUACAUUUACGAGGAAGAAUCCUUUGAGAAAGUUAAUAUCUGGAAACUACUCUCGAAGUUUGCCUCCCCUAAUGAAGGCCCAUUUACUAAGCGCCAGGACUUUCUAGAUGCCUUGAAAUCGAACAAGAAAACUCGGAAGCCACCUGCGAAACAAAAGCUAGAGCACGACGAGUUAUGA